AGUUCUGCCUGGUGCCGAGAUGGGGCUGUCCCAGCUAUGGCUGUGGCUGAAGCGGCUUGUGAUAUUCCUGCAGGUGGCCUUGGAGGUGGCUGCAGGCAAGGUGCUAAUGACAUUGUUCCCAGAGAGGGUCAAGCAGAACAUCCUGGCCAUGGGCCAGAAGACGGGGAUGGCCAGGAAUCCCCGAUUCGCCCCUGACAACUGGGUCCCCACCUUCUUCAGCAUCCAGUACUUCUGGUUCGUCCUGAAGGUCCGCUGGCAGAGACUGGAAGACAGGGCUGAGUUUGGGGGGCUGGCCCCCAACUGCACCGUGGUCCGCCUCCUCUCAGGACAGAAGUGCAACAUCUGGGAUUUCAUUCAAGGCAACAGGCCCCUGGUGUUGAACUUUGGCAGUUGCACCUGACCUUCAUUUCUUCUCAAGUUUGACCAGUUCAAGAGACUCGUAGACGACUUUGCCUCCAGGGCUGAUUUCCUCAUCAUUUACAUUGAAGAAGCUCAUGCCACAGAUGGCUGGGCUUUUAAGAACAACGUGGACAUCAGGCAGCACCGGAGCCUCCAGGACCGCCUGCAGGCAGCACACCUGCUGCUGGCCAGGAGCCCCCAGUGCCCCGUGGUGGUGGACACAAUGCAGAACCAGAGCAGCCAGCUCUACGCAGCUCUGCCUGAGAGGCUCUAUGUGGUACAGGAGGGCAGGAUCUGCUACAAGGGUAAACCUGGCCCUUGGAACUACAAUCCUGAGGAAGUCCGAGCUGUUCUGGAAAAGCUUUGCACUCCACCUGGACACGUGCCUCAGCUCUAGGGCACUGGCAGGAAGGUUCCCCAAGCUUGGUAGUUCCCCACACCAGUACAGAUUGUCUUUUACCUUUGACCUGUGUUCCCAGAUGAAUUAUGUACGAGCUCAUAUUUUUCUGAUCUUAAACAAAUAACUACCAGGGAGGCAAUGCAGCUCACAGCACAGACUGUUACAACCAGAAGUAAAGCAAUACUGAGCUGUUAGCAGAAUUAAGUUACAGCUCCGCACUGCUCCCACAGAGGAGGCCAACCCAGUGUGUCCACCUUCUGGUGGGAGGGCACUCACGCUUGGCUGGCAGACUUCUGAAGUGUAGUGACUCGUGAAGAUGACGUCAAGAGCUCAAUCCAUUUGAUCAGUUUUGCUACUCAUAGAACCAGUCGUGUAAAAUACUGGACUGGUUGUUUAGUACCGAGCGAGGGGCGGGCAUACUCUGCUUGAAGGAACCAAAGACAUCAGAAACACUUUUCUGGCCGAAAGAUUGAAAUCCAUUGAUAUUGUUGGUGAUAGGUGUUUCCACGGCAACAUAUAAUCUAACUCUACUCCCUCUAUCACCUUGGAAUAGAUUGCACAGAAAUUUGGCUCUCUGGUACUGACGCAAAAGCUUUAUAACUCUAACUAAACCGAAUCCCAGACGCCAGCAAAAGCUGCCGUGUAGGCCCUGUUGUGACUCUGUCUUCCUGGCUCACAGUCUCUUACUGGUCUUUUGUGUUAGAUGGCAUUAGACUGAUGGGUAGCCAUGGCUUUAUCUGUCAUGUCUGCUUCUUCUUAUAUUUGUGUAUGAUGGUCACAGUGUAAAGUUCACACAGCUGUGACUUGAUUUCUAAAAAUGUCAGAAGAUGCAGCAAGCUAGCAAUUAAAAUCUGUCAGGC